AUGAAAAGUGCGCCUCUGUAUGUGGAAGCUCGAGACAUCUUUUACAAUGCUGAGGACGUUAUUGACGAUUUCAAGUGUGAAGCUCUCUCCAAACAGGACGCCAUCAAUCAUCCCAACAUCAACAACUUAAAGGUGCGAGUUUUAGGUUCCUGUUGUUUGCCUCUUUCGUUCUCUUUAAAAAUAGCUCAUAAAAUCAAAGCCAUCAAUCGGAGGCUAGGCGAACUUGCCACUGAAUGGAACAGCUUUGAUCUAAGACAGCGUAACGACAACCGACAUGUUUUUCGCAGAGAGACUAUCUCUUUUGUGGAUUCUUCUGAUGUUAUUGGUAGAGAUGAGGAUAAAGAGAACAUUAUUAGUAUGUUGAUGGAACCAAGUGAGGAACGAAGUGUCCCUGUCAUUCCCAUUGUUGGACUUGGGGGUUUAGGGAAAACCACGCUCGCGCAAUUGGUAUACAAUGACGAUCGAGUUACAAGCCUUUUUCCUUUGAAGAUAUGGAUUUGUGUUUCUGAGGAAUUUGAUCUCUCUAGAUUGCUCAAGCUGAUUAUUCAGUCUGUAAAUAAAGAAGAAAGAUGUGACGAUUUAACACUUGAAGCCUUGCAAGCUUGUUUGAGAAGCUUUUUGAACCAUAAGUUCUUGCUGGUCCUGGAUGAUGUGUGGAAUGAAAAUCAAGCAAAAUGGGUUGAAUUAAGAAAUUUGUUGAGAUCAACGAAUGGAUUGUCUCAAAGCAAAAUCAUUGUCACCACUAGGAGUUGGAAAGCUGCUUCGAUAAUGAGUUCAAUUCCCUCUUAUGAAUUGAAAGGUCUCCUUCUUGAAGAUUGUUUGGCUUUAUUUACAAAAUGGGCUUUUAAUGAUGGUGAUGAGAGAAAAUAUCCAAAUCUCGUUAGAAUUGGGGAGGAGAUUGUGAAAAAAUGUAAAGGGGUUCCUUUGGCAAAGGAUAAUGAUAUUUUUCCAGUGUUGAAGUUGAGUUACAAUUAUUUGCCAUCUCAUUUGCAACGAUGCUUUGCUCUUUUGUCCUUGCACAAAAAGGAUGAGAUCUAUUACAGUGUCAAAAUCAUCCAUCUUUGGAUGGCAAAUGGACUCCUUGAGCAUCCAAAGCAAAAUCAAGAGUGGGAGGAUGUUGGCAAACGAUAUUUGAAUGAAUUACUGUUAAGGUGCCUCAUCCAAGAGGAGAGGGAUUUUGGCUUCUAUUUUACCUUCAAAAUGCAUGAUCUGGUACAUGAUCUUGCAUUAGAUGUGUCUCAAAAAGAGUGUAAAACAGUGAAUUCGGAAACAGAAACGGUUGAUGAAAAUGUUCGACAUUUAUUAUUAUGUGAUGAGAAGUUGGUUGAAGUUCCACGUGUUUUGGAGGAAAUGAAAAAUGCUCGAACAGUAAUCAUCCAAUAUGCUUCAAAGAGAUCAAAGAUUGUUGAUAAAUCUCUUAUAAAUCUUUGUGUCUCCAAUUUCAAGUAUCUACGAUCAUUAGAAUUAAGGAACUCACCAUUGACGGCUUUACCGAAUUCCAUUGGUACCUUAAAGCACUUACGAGAGCUUGACUUGGGCGGAUGUAGGAGAAUACGUGAACUCCCGAGGUCUUUCGAUAAGCUUCGCAGCUUGCAAUCGUUAUUUUUAGAAUAUACUGGUUUGAAGCAGUUGCCUGACAGCGUGCAAAGGUUGAUUGAGCUUAGACAUCUAGUAAUAACCAUUAAAGCUACGCAUUUAAAAGAAAUACGAGCAGGAUGUUGGACUUCUCUUCAAUACUUGGUAUUGUAUGAGUGUUCCAAAUUACAAUGUUUACCUGAAGGAAUGCAGUAUCUGAAGUCACUUCGGACACUUGUCCUGAAUUACUGUGAUUGUCUUGUCUCAUUGCCACGGAGCAUGAAAUUCCUAACCAAGUUAGAACACGUUCGUAUAAAAUUUUGCAUGAGCAUGAAUUUGAAAAUGGAAGCAGAAGAGGAAGAAGACAAACACCUUCAGUUGAGCCUUAAAACUCUCUCACUCGAUUAUUUAUAUGCCUUAACAGAUUUGCCACGAUUGCUUCUUCAGGGAUCUUCUUCCACUUUGCAGCAAUUACAAAUUAGUCGGUGUCCAAAUUUGUCCGUUCUGCCAGCGUGGCUACUGAAUCUCACUUCUCUUCAUGAACUUGAGAUUGUUAAAUGCGAAAAUUUGUUAGCUCUACCGGAGGGAAUAGACCGCCUCACCAACCUUAAAGAAUUGACAAUUGAUGAAUGUCUGGAGUUGAGCAAAAGAUAUAGAGAAAAUGGGGGUGAAGAUUGGCACAAAAUUGCUUACAUCCAAAAGGUUGUUAUUAAGGAUGAAGAUUGA